CCCCGCGCCAGCCAGAGACGAGGCCCCGCCCCCGGAACAGCGGCUAGCGCCGGCCUUAAAGCAGCAACGGCACUCUGACUCCAGCAACCGCAAUUAAAAGGGCAACUCCACUUAGGCGCUGUUUUGCCACACGCUGACUGGCAGGGAGACGGCGUAGCCAAGCGGUUUCUCACAAGACCCUAACACCGGAGACCCUCCCACUCCACACGUGGCAAGGACUGCAAGAGAAACAAUAAAAACAGACAAAACGUUGCGCGCAAAACUGUAUGCUGCCUACCCGGGUAGCCCCCUCUCCGCCCGGCCGCUGGGGGCGCUGGGGAGCCUGCCCCAGGCCCGCGCCCCGAUUGGCUCCUUCAGAGCGGCGUGCCGACGUCCGGCCCCGCGGCGUCUCUGCAGCUUGGAUGCCUCGGGACGGUGCUGUGUAACCGCCGCCGAGUGCCCGCGAGCGCCCGAAGAUUUCCUCCUAACCGCAGCUCAUCUUUUAGUUGUCGACUGCAGUUCAUUCAUGGAAAUCACCAUUUGACUGAAAUUAAGGGAAAGGGACAGUAACUAUACUCCCCAAAUCAUAGAUCUUUUUAAUUUUGAAGUGUUUGGAUGUUUACAGAAGAUCAUUUGAAAACUGCUUUAGGAAUCAAAGAGCAUGGAUCCCAGCAGUGACUACCAUUUCCUCAAUCAGAUUUUGUGGCAAAGAGUGAAACUCACUUUGGUUUCUGGCAUCUUUGAAGGCGUGCUCCAGCAUGUGGACCCUAAUAAGAUUGUUGUCCUGAAGAAAGGUAGCAGAUGUCUUUCAAUUUUCCAUGGAAACUGGUGGCUUUCUUCCAAACUGCAUCAGUACUUUACAGGAAAGUUUAAUAAGACACCUUGAUGUAGCCCCUAAGUAUCUCUCCUUUCUAGAAGACAGACAAAAAUUGAUUAAGGAAAAUCCAGAGGUGUGGUUCACACGUCCUCUUCCACCCUCUUUACUGAAAAUGUUGGCCCUGGAAGCAACCUACCUGCUCCCUCUUCGCACAGCACUCCUUGACGAGAUGAUGUCUGACCUCACCACCCUGGUGGGUGGCUACCUAAACACCUGCCGAGGAGGCUCUGCAGACCAGCUUGUAGGCACAGAGCCUACAUGUAUGGAGCUGCCAGAGGAACUGCUUCAACUCAAAGACUUCCAGAAGCAGCGCAGAGAGAGAGCUGCGAAAGAAUAUAGGAUGAAUGCACAAGGACUCCUAAUAAGGACCGUGCUACAUCCAAAGAAAUCAGAUACAGCAACAGCAGGAAAAGGGAAAAAAGUCAGAGGCUUCUUUUUUUGUAAAGAUCCUAGGGAAGAGAAGCCGCCAAGUCUGACAUCCCAUGAAUUUCACGAGGAUGGGAAUUUUUUGAAAGGAGAAUUUAAAACAACAGUAAAAUCUGAACAUCUCCCUCCUAUAAAAAAGGGAGAAACCAGUGAGGGUUCCAGUAGCAGACUUAUUUGCCCUGAGUCAAAAAGAUCAGAAGAUGGGAGGAUAACUCAGAAAGAAUACUUUAUGUUGCCCAAGCAUGAGUUUCAGGCAAGUUUUUCUGUGAAAGAAGAGCAAUUCUUAUUACAGUUAUUGAUUCUCAAAGAUAAGGAAUAUUUGUUGUCCACAAAACCAGAUGUUUCAGUAUCUCCUUUUCUUCUUCAGGAAACCAGAGUGUCACCAAAUGAUACCUUUCAUCCUUUUAAAGAUGCUGGGAUUUCCACACUCCCUCCCUGUCCAGCCUUGGAGAAGAUCGACUGGUGGAUAAAUCCGUCUCUAAAUCUGUUUUAGGAUUUGCAGUUUGCUUGAGGCCAUAUGGGGGCCUCAUUUCCCGUGUCAUCCAGGGCUUACUCAGUGUUUAAAUUUCUCAUGUUGUGGGCGUAGUUAUGCCUCAGUCACAGGCUUCAGGGAAAGGUAUAUCCUUUUCUUUACUCCUACAUUCAUAGUAUAUGGAUUAGGAUGGGAAUUAAUACAUUAAUAAGGAAAGACAUAAAAUUUCUGAUUCUGUCACAGUGCAGAAAUGUUUCCAGUGGCCAGAGUAAAUUAUAUCUCAUAAUUUGAGUUUAGAGGUUUUUGAAGGGGGAAAUAUUUUGGGCUUAGUGUCAGGGAGAAUCUAUAAUUUUAAAUUUUCAUUCUGAUUUUGGCUUUUCAAUUGGCUUGAAGGGAAUCUGCAAGACUCUUAGUUAUUCCUAAGUUAAAAAAAUUGGCAUUAGUGUUACUAAUAAUUUUUUCCUUAAAAUACUAACUUUAUGCUUGAAUUUUUAAUGUUUUGUCUGUCUUGAGUCAAAGAAAAACA